CCCCAGCGCAGACACCGGGAGAGGUCCCACUGUUGAAGGGGUGCUGAGAAGAUGCUGCUCUGGGAGUUCCUGCUGUUGCUGCCCCUGCUUGCAGGGAGCUCAGUCUGCUUUUCAGCUCUGGACUGCAUUGAGAUACCGGGGGCAUUAAAGCAGAUUGAUGCCAGUAAUGGGCAGGUGUUUGGAGUGAACAACGCAGACAAUAUUUACACGCUAUACGGAGACAGCUUCGUCCAGGUGCCGGGCUCCUUAAAACACGUCACAGUUGGUCCUGCCGGAGUCUGGGGUGUGAACAGCAAGAACAACAUCUACAAGCUGGUGGGAGGAAGCUGGCAACAAGUCACAGGGCUGCUCAAGCAAAUUGACGCGGGUGGAGACAUGUUCGUCAAUGGUGUCAACAUGAAUGAUGACAUCUACUGUCUGUCUCGUCCACCAACGGUCUCUGCGAAUGGUGCCUCCGACUUGCCAUGGGUCAAUAUUGAAGGAAAGCUGAAGUACUACAGCUGUGGUGUGUGGGGUUGCUGGGGAGUUAACUCAGCUGACGAUAUCUAUUUCCGGUUUGAUGUCACCCCGGAUCCUUGUGCAGGAUCCAGGUGGGAGCAGAUUCCAGGCAAGCUGUCCAUGAUUGAGGUCGGGACCGAAGGCUCUGUCUACGGCGUGAACAGUGCAGGACAAGUAUAUCGCAGGGAUGGAAUCACUAAAAGCAACCCCGUCGGCACCACCUGGACCCAGGUGGGCAGUUUCAUCUGCAACUGCAAACAUGUGUCCUAUGACCUGGGUGUGCUGUGGCUUAUCACUAACCAGGACAAGAUUGUGAAAUGCCGGAUCUAAAUGAGACUCCCGCCAUCUCAGCCUCACCGUGAUUAACAGUGUCCAUUUAAACUCUUUCUCUCUCUC